UAGGCAACCAAUAGCACAAAGUUAGCUAGCUAUCUAUUUCACGGGUAUAUUAUUUGCACUCUCCCCCAUAGUAAUCCAAGAAGCAUGUCUUUUCCAAGAUAGCUGUACAUGCUGUACGGCUUUCCAUAUUAUAAAGCCCAAACAGAGCUAACAGUUGGGGUUCGAGUCUGCUUAUCUACGACUGUUUCUUAUCUACGCUAGUUCUUGCGGGUAUUUUAAUGAUAUACCGGAAAGAGAGCCAGGAUACGAUUUUCAAUGGUGAAACCAAUGUUUUGACCUAAAGCUUCUUUGGAAACUACGCCGUUUAACUGAGAAACGUUCGUUUACAUGGGGAUGUGGUUGUUAAGAAGUGUUUYGCUGAGAUUUAAAGGAAAACUAGCAAGGUUUGUUGUCAUUCUUUUGGUGUUUCUUGUCGCAUUUAAUUUUUUCCUUUUCAAACGAGAAACUCGAGACGAGACAGAUAGAUCUAACCACUUGAAAAGUAUUCUAAUAGACACUGAGAACGGUGAAAAAACGUUUAAAAGCGAGUUAGAAACUCGUUUGAAUGGUCUACAUAGGGCCGGAGGAGAUGGCGGUAAAAGGAAACGUCGUUCGGGUAAAAAUUUGAAGCAUUCUCUGAGAAAAAAGUUCCAGGGAACAGAGAAUGUUAAUUCGGAAUUAGUGACAGCGACCAAAUUACAAGAUUUGAUCGAAGAAGUAUAUCCGUCCAAUUCUAUAAAACAUGAAAAUAAACCACAAACAAAACCAUUACAAAAUAAAGAAGGCGAUAAAAUCAGCGAAGAAAGCAUGGAAAAUGUUGAUAGAGAAGACAAAUUGGUUGCUAAUCCAGUUGAACGUGAGCUAAUUCCGUACUCUUGUCCCGAAUUAUUUAUUUCUCGUAUUGAAGAUAUUCAGUAUGGAAAGUGCAAACCCCAUAAACCGACCCUUGAAUCUUGUUUUUAUGCUGAACAGUUAUAUUUUCUGGACAAGAAUUUAAUUAAAUGUAAGAAUAAAUACACGGUAGAGAUCUGCAAUGUCAAACUAGACAAAACAUAUCAAGAUAUUGGGGUAUCGAGUAUCCACGUUAAAUGUGACAGAUCUUUAUGCUCGGAAAAAUGGUAUUCGACGUCUUUGGCUGUGUGGACUCUGGAUCCCCGGAAUGGUGAAAUUUCAAGGCUACAGUCCUUCUCUUCAAUCAUAAAAAUGGAGGAAGAAUUACCACGAAUUAUGAUAGAAACUAUCAAGAAAAAGAUUAAUUUCGUUGUUCUCAAGUGUUCAAGAAGAAAAGAUGGCGAAUCUGUAUCACAAUUAAUUCCAAUUGAUCCUCGAUUGACUAUAAUAAAAAAUGCGGGAACUAAAAAUUCUCGACCAAAAAAAGACAUAAAUGUAAAUAUUCUGCUCCUGGAUUCUGUGUCAAGAGGCCACUUCUAUCGUUCUCUCCCGAGAACUAUAAAUUUAUUGAAAAACUGGUCGAGUUCGGAAAUAGCACCGGCGAAUGUGUUUGACUUCGAACUGUUUCAAGCAAUACAAGGCCAUACAGCCGAGAAUACGCAUGCGCUAUUCACUGGGAAGACCCUUCCGCCUCAUCUUGAAGACGAGUUCCCUCCCGUAGAGAUGGGAGUCGCGUUUGGGAAGUAUGUUAAAGCUGGUUACCAGACCCUUUGGCAGGAGGACCUUUGUUGGAAGGGAAGCUGGGGAUUAAUGACAGACAUGGCUGUGAUGGAGUGGGAAGAGUUGGCCUACAAGCUACGAGAAAAUUUCAUCRAUAGCAUCGGUAUCACUCAUUCUAGCUGCGAAAUCUUGAAAGCUUACCACCUGGUAACGCCUUUCAACGGCCCAAAAGGCGACCAAAUUUGCUACAAUGGAAGAUUUCAGCAUGAAUAUCUCAUGAACUACACUCUGGAUACUAUAGACGCCAUUAAAUCCACACCCACAGCUCGGCCGCUCUUGUCCUACAUGAGCUUGAGCGUCGGGCAUGAUAACAACGGGAGACGAAUCCAGACGCUUGACCAGUCAUUGGCUGAUUAUGUUGACAGACUAGGAAAAGAUGAAAACACGUUGACUCUCAUCCUUGCUGAUCAUGGGAACACGUAUACAGAAUAUACCGUAACGAUUCUUGAAGGGCGCUUUGAAAUGUACCAUCCAAGUCUAUUCAUGAUUGUACCAAAGAAUGUGGCGAAGAUGCUUGGAAGCAAGGCUAUGAGGGCACUAAGAACCAAUCAGCGUCGGUUAGUGAAUAUGUAUGAUCUACAUCACACCUUGAUGGCAUUAGCAGGUCCCCUGGACAAGGGGCGUGUCUCACCUCGGGGGGUAUUCACGCCAAUACAUAUUAAUCGGACAUGCAAUGAUAUCAAGCUUCUUACUCCUAAUCUGUGCGUGUGUGAGGGAUGGGACAGCCCUACUACUAACGACACACUAAAGAUAUCACUGGUCGAGUUCGCUGUCGGUGAAAUAAAUAAUUUAAUCGAUAAAACGUUUUUGGAAGGCUCAAAGGGGAAGAAAAACUCGUUCCCAUUACUGAAGUCCUGUCGUAGAUUGGUUCCUGUAAGGUUUGAGAACGUCCGAGAGAGGAUUAAUCAAAAGGGGUUGUUGCGAACGACGAUGGAUAUCCAUGUCAAAUCCCUCGAAGAAAAUCCUGGCCAAACAGAAACAUUCCAAGUUGAAAUUGAAUCGAAGGAAAUCCCAGAUUCAAACUCUAUGGACCUUAAACUCGUCCACUUUGAUCGUAUGUCGGUUUUCGAGAAGUACAAGAAAUGUAGUGAUAUUGGAGUCAGUCCCUUACUCUGUAUAUGCUCCAACACCCCAAAGCCACACCUGCUUGAUGAUAGCGAGCGUAAGAUCGACAUUUCCAUUGUAAAAAACAUCCUUGAUUCAUUUCAAGCACAGGCUACGGUCGAGUUCGUGGACGAGCAAGAGUGUGUGUUACUUGUUCGACGACAUCAUUCCAAGGAAAGCUUUAGCACAGAGUUGGCUAAUUUAUGUCUGGAUUUUGAUAUCGCUGUGUUCGUUAAGGUUGAUGAUCUCGAUAACAUGAAGCUUUCUCGAAAUUUGCCUGCUGAGUUUAGGAUUCCUGCUGGAAGCGUGCGAUUUGUUUUCGCCGCGAGGAAGGACCUCGACUAUUGGACAAGCAGUUUUGACAUCAAAACACGCGUCACAAAAAUUAAAAAUAGAUCUCAUUGACGAGCAAUUAAAACAAAUUGAUAGAAAUCACGUGAUCUAUUCCAAAUGACGACCAAUCGAAACAGAGAGCAAGUUACUUCUUACAGUAAUCAAAUGACCUAUAGAGGUUUUGCACCAUCACGUGCCGGCGCCAUAAUCCAGCUUGGACUGCCUGUGGUUAGAUGGCAGAACAAUAAAAUCCCUUUCCCUCUCGGGAAUUGAAUUCUUUCUCAUGUAAAACAAUUGUAUUGUUCCUGCCAUCUAACAUGGCUGCCGUCACGUGAUGGUGCAAAACCUCUAGCAAAUGACUUCUUCCAGAAUUCAUAGGACCGGUUGAAAAUGAUGACCAAUCAAAUAGAGAGAGCACGUGAAUUCUUCCAGAAGUCACACGAUGUAAAUGACCAAUCAAAACAGAGAGCACGUGAAUUCUUCCAGAAG